AUGGUAAACCGUUGUGCUAUUGAAGCUGUGGAGAAAAUGCUUAGAGAUGUUGUUGAUUGUGACUUGCCUUUUGGUGGGAAAGUCAUAAUUCUUGGAGGAGAUUUUCGACAGGUUCUAACAGUAGUACCAAGAGGGAAAAAAGAAGACAUAAUGAAAGCUAGCUUAGUUUUCUUAGAGUUUAUGCAAUGGGACACGCCUUGUCGAAAGUUUAAUAGAAAUGUAAUUUUGGCUGAAAUCACAACUGGUGAAUAUCGUGGAAAAUACGUGUUCUUACUAAGGAUCCCCUUUGUACCUCUUCAAAAUGAUCGAAAUUCAAUUAAAUUUAAGAGGACUCAAUUCCCAAUUAGACCUUGCUUUGCAAUAACAAUAAAUAAAGCACAAGGUCAAACCUUAGAUUUUGUUGGUUUAUACCUUCCAGAACUAGUUUUUUGCCAUGGACAACUAUAUGUAGCAUUAUCGAGAGCAAAAACAAGUAAAUCUUUGAAAGUUUUACUUAAACCAUCAAAUGCAGACAAUUUACACAACGCAUGCACUAAGAAUGUGGUGUACAAGGAAAUUCUUUCAUUUAUACAUUCACAAAACUACAAUCUUUUCAUAAGUGACAUCACUGGCUACGGAAUGUAA